CGUGCAGGUUUUUUAUUUUUAUUAUUAUUAUUUUAUCUUUUUUUGGGAGGGGGGACGGGGGGCUUAUGACAGGAAGAUGGGGAUAUGGCGAGGAGAGGGAGAUAUGGAGAGGAGGAGGAGGAGGUGGACGAGGAGGACGACGAGGAUAGCGAGGACGACGAGGAGGAGGAAUCGAGAUGCGGGAGGAGAAGAGAUGGACGGAAGGAAAAGAGGACGGGCAGGAGGAGGAGGACGAGUGGGAGGAGGAGACAUGGACGGCGAGGAAGGGGAGGACACGAGGCAGGGAAGGAGACGAGGAGGCAUGGAAGAUGAGGAAUUACGAGGAGGAGGAGGAGACAAGGAGGAGGAGGAAGGGCAGGAGGAGGAGGACGAGUGGGAGGAGGAGACAUGGACGGCGAGGAAGGGGAGGACACGAGGCAGGGAAGGAGACGAGGAGGCAUGGAAGAUGAGGAAUUACGAGGAGGAGGAGGAGACAAGGAGGAGGAGGAAGGGCAGGAGGAGGAGGACGGACAGGAGGAGGAAGAGGAGGAGGAGACGAAAAGGAGAAGGGAGGAGGAGACAUGGAGGAUGAGUAAGGGGAGGAAGAGAAAGGAGAGGCAGUACUGCUGUAAUUUUUUUUUUCAUCUGGCUUAUAAUUUUGGCGGGGAGCCUCAAACGCACCGUUUUGACCCCGGUUUUUUUUUUUYUUGAGGGGGGUGAUGGGUCGUUCUCCGCACACGUCGUGCGCCGCACGGGAUCGGUUGGGCGAGUGCGCCGCACGUAGGGAACCUGAUUCACGUGCGGUGCACCGAUACCAACUGUCACAUGCCUGGUCGGGCGAUGUACACAAUAACCGAGGAUCCGCAAUCUGAUAAAAAGGACUGAAUGGA